UUCUAGAGGAUAUGGCUUCGGAGCGGGAAGGAGCCUCAACACCGACUCCCCUUUCACAAAAGGUCUGCAAGAAGAAGCUCUACAGCUUCCCGCCUCUCUUGACACUUCGAAGACCAACGUGCUUCUCAGGUCAGCCCCACAGCCCCAGAUCCCAACAGAAACCACCUUGACACCCCACUCGCACCCACCUCUGGCUGCCCUCCCAAUGGGAUCGGAAGGGCAAGGGGUAGCGGGGCCACACACGGACCUCAAUUUUGGAGGUUGGGGGACCCCAGGCAGAAAAUCCCACAAGCACUUCUCCCUCACAAAUGCAGCAAUAAAUUAGGCAACCGCUCCCGACACCCAAAAUCAACCACCUGAAGCGGCUUCUGCACUUGCCUAAUGGUAGAGCCGGGCCCUGCAAAGGGAUAGUUGAAUGACAAGCUCGUUUCUGCUUUGGAGGAAGCUGCCCCAAGAGGAUUUUUUUUUGAAAAGAAUUCUUUAAUUUUCCGCAAGCCUUUGCUUCUUGAAGACACAGCUUUGCUCUUGAACACAGAAAGCGCCUCUUCAUUAAGCGGCGAGAGGCAGUUGAAAGAACUAAUGAGCCUCGAGUGGAGAUUCUUCCUUGGCCAGGCGACGUUUGGCUCAAGAGCUUUGAUUAAAUAAUUGAAUGAGCCGAUGUGCAGGGAAGGAGCAGCUCAAAGUGCCAAACUCUUCAAUGAGCCAUCGGAAGGGAUCUCAGAGGUUAUUUAGGCCAAUCCCAUUUAACCAAUGCAGGAAGUCCCUAUUACAGUGUCCCUUCGCAGGUAAAAUCUGCUGCGAGAGUAUCCCUGAUUGGUAAGAUCCUCGCUACAGGAUCCCUGAUAGGUAAAAUCUGCUGCUAGAGGGAGCCAGCCAUUUUCUGAUUUAAAACAUCUAGCGAUGUGGAAUCCAUCACUUUGCAUUGAAAGAGCUUGUGCCUCCAUCCAUUCAAUUUUUGAAAUUGGCCACAAAGUGAGGUUAUGUUACAUUUUGUGCUUAGCUUCAUCCUGGGAACCCCUGCCAGAAGCCCAAUGGCAUCACUGCUCCACUUUAAUUUUAUUUAUUGAAAUUCUUAUAGACCACACUUUUUAUAUAUAAACAACAACAACAACACACACACACACAGAGAGAGAGAGCGCGUGUGCAAGGCUAUAUACCACAUAAACAGUUCUAUUCUGAUAAACAUCCAUUAAAAGCAUUGAUAAAUACUAGCCGGUAAAAUGAAAUUCACGCAUCAAAGGCGACUGAAUAACACAAUUUUUCAGAGGCAUCCAAAAGAAGGCAGGAAUGAAUCUUGCUGAACCUCCAUUGGCAGGCAGUUCCACAAGAAAAGGCCCACCACAUUACAAGCUUGGUCCCUUGUAAAGGUUGACUGAACCAUAAGAAUGCCCAUCAGAGGAACUUUGUGAUCUGCACAUCUUUCCAUUCAACUGUUCUUCAAGGCACUGGAGGAAUUACGUAAAAGAGAGAGCUGUAAGCGGAGAUAUUUAUCCCGGGGCCCAUCGGCACUGUACACGUAAAGCAGUAUCAUGGCUUCCCCCACAGAAUCCUGGGAGUUGUAGUUUGCUAGGUGUGCUGAGAGCUGUUAGGAGCCCCCCCAUUCCCACCACAGACCAGCCUAAAGUCAUUGAGGAGCUGGGAAUUUGAGCCCUGGUCUCUACUGCAUCCUAGGCUGGCACUCUAAACACUCGGCCGCGUUGGCUUUCGAAACAAGAGCCAGCGCCCGCCGGGUUCUGACCAAAUUGCUCUGGCUUAUGUAGGAUGGAUGGAUGAAAGGCCUUUGGAUGCCAGUGAAAGAGCAGCCGCCAUCAGCUUAGGCUUCCGUUGGUAUCCGUACUACACCGAAGCAGGUGAGGCCCGCAAGGGGAGAGCCGCGGCGGGAAGACGCCUGGGAAAUGGCAGGCGGAGGGUUAAAAGCGCCCCGUCCAAUAGGCAAAGAGGUGAGCAAAGAGACCGCCUCUCGCACCAACCUGAGAUGGGCCUGUGAUGGCUGGUAGGGAGGAAGGGGCGCCCAGAGUAGGCGGAGCCAGGGCCCAUGACAGGCGGGGCCGGAGCCAAUGGCAGGUGGCGCCAACUGAUGGUCCCUCCCUGCUGAGUUCUGCAAGGGCCAAAGGGAGGCAGAAGAUGAAUGGACAGGGCUGGUUGCAUGAAGGCAGGUGGAGGAUGGUGGGAGAGGGCUCCAUUCACCUACAAUGGGCUGGCUCCACACUUGCUCCAACACACCUCAAAUUACCCGCAUGCUGCAACUGGGCUUGGAAAAAAGUUUUCUAUUAGCAAAAGAAAACUUAUUUGGAGUCUAAGUUUGGAGGGUGGGGCAAAGAUGGGAUGGCAGCCCAGGCACUACUAUUAGAAUAAUGUGUUUGUGGGAGAGGUUUAUUGUUUUGUUUUCAUUUUUAACUAUUUUGUGCUUCUAUCCUGUAUCUUGUGAACUCCUCUGAGAUCUUCCAAUGAAGCAUGGUAUAAUAAUAAUAAUAAUAAUAAUAAUAAUAAUAAUAAUUUGAAUUUGAAUUUGAAUUUGAAUUUGAAUUUGAAUUUGAAUUUGAAUUUAUAUACCACCCUAUAGCCGGAGGUCUCAGGGCGGUUCACAGAACAAAAAUCAAAAUAUAAAACCACAAAAUAUAUAAUCAAAAUAAAAAACAACCCAAUAACCCCACCUCAAAAAAACCAGUAAUAAAAUAAUAAUAAAUGAACAAUUUUUUUAAAAAAAACCCCUAAUACUAAUAGCAGGCAGUGGAAAGUUGUGUUAUCCAAAUGAGUUCUACUCAGUGCUUGGCUGAUUGUCCCAUAACUUUGGGCUCAGUACCUUUUCGCCCACCUAAACAAAGCACCACUAAAGCUUCCAUUUUGUUAGGUGAGGUUUAUUGAGUGGGAUUAUUGAAUUUAUGUAUCGCUUCCCAUUACCAAAAAUAAAUAAAACCCACCCAACUCCCAAAGCGAUUUUCAAGCAAGUAAAGAAUGCGGUCAUAAAAUCACACGCACGUAUUAAAAACAGAUUUAGCAGUACAAUCAUAUCAGUGAUGCUGCCCAGAUGCCCAGGAAAACAAAACAAAAUAUUCUUGGGCUGGCUCAUAAAUAAUGACAAGGCUGGAGCCAGGCGUACCUCCUGCCCAAGCAAUGGCAUUUUAAUCUCGGAAAUCCAUCUGAGGCUUAAGACAGCUGCUUAUUGGAUUUGCAGAUUACGGUAGAAAUGAAUAUCUAACUAUUAACUAUGAGAAGUCAAAGGUUUCCACAUGGACAGCCAAGUAUUCCUGGACUGUGAAUGUACACAGACUGGACCAAGCCAGUUUUUACGAGUCUCAGGUAGAAAAGGACAAAAGUGUCAAUUUCAGUUGCCAUAUUUCUUUUUCAAAAAAUGAUCCCCGCGGAAAUUUAUCAGUGUACAUUCCCCUUAAUAUACACAGUUCUCUAUUCAAAUUUGCCUGAUAUGUCUGUCUUUCUCUUUUUUGCAAGCAAUUUCCCUAAUAUAAUACAUUUUCGUUUGUUUUCACUCAUAAUUGCAUUCUUAUGGACACCUUUCCUCAAUGCAUAAAUUUUUGGUCCACAUUUUGUGGCUGGAGAACUGCCUUGCAAAAUUCAGAAAAGUGUGGCGAUGAGCUAGAUGGACCGAUUGUCCGAAUUUCCGAAAUGCAAAUUAGGUAAAGGUAAAGGUAAAGGGACCCCUGACCAUUAGGUCCAGUCGUGGCCGACUCUGGGGUUGCGGCGCUCAUCUCGCUUUAUUGGCCGAGGGAGCCAGCAUACAGCUUCUGGGUCAGGUGGCCAGCAUGACUAAGCCGCUUCUGGCGAACCAGAGCAGCGCACAGAAACGCCAUUUACCUUCCCGCUGGAGUGGUACCUAUUUAUCUACUUGCACUUUGAUGUGCUUUCGAACUGCUAGGUUGGCAGGAGCAGGGACCGAGCAACGGGAGCUCACCCCGUCGCGGGGAUUUGAACUGCCGACCUUCUCUAUCGGCAAGUCCUAGGUUCUGUGGUUUAACCCACAGCGCCACCCGUGUCCCCGCAAAUUAGGUAGGGGGGUGUUAAUAUGCAAACUAAACUGAAUUACUCCCCACCACCACCACCUCUGAUCUCGGGCUGCAUUUCAUGAACAGACCGAGUGGAAAGUGCAGGAUAAUUACAAAAGUUCAAAGCAGAAGCUUCAAUGGGUGCAUUUCUUUUGGGGAACGGCCACAGCUUAGCGGCAGAGAUUUGCAUUCAAGACGUCCCAGGUUCAAUACUUAAAAGCAACUCCAGGUAGGACUGGGAUUAUCCCCUGCCUGAAACCCUGGAGAGCUGCUGCCGGUCAGUGUAGACAAUACUGAGCUCGAUGGACCAAUGGCAAAAAGCGGCUUCCUUUGUUCCUAGGGGAAAGUUGUGACCCAGAUUUUCAACCUGGUUUCCAGGACUUAGCAAAGAAUUCUGUCCUCCUUUCUCUGAACUUUAUUGAAUCCACCCACUCGCGUUUCUGGUGCUGCCCUCGAUUUGGAACCUGGCCGUGUCUCAUUAAAUAACUUGGCUUGGGCGCCUCCUGUUCAUUAUUGGCAGCAAAUUGGCCGCUCUGCCUCUCAAAAUGCUCUGGCAGAUCAGGUGCUGGUCGACUCAAUGAGCAAGCUAAUGGGCAGAAAGGUGUGCGGUCCCUUUCUGUCUCUGAAAAACAAGCUCUUCCCUUAGUGGCAGGGCCGCAGCUCAGUUGAGGAGCAUGCAGAAGGUCUCAGGUUCAAUCCCCGGCCUCUCUAGGUACGGCCGGGAGAGAACUUUAUCUGAAACCCUGGAAAGGCACUGUCAAUCAGUGUAGACAAUCGUAAGCUAGAUGAACCAAUAGUUUCACUCCAUAUAAUCCAGCUUCCUACAUCUUAGUUCAGUGGUAGAGCACUUGCUUUGCAUGCAGAAUGUUUUUCCAAAAAUAAAAACAGAGAUUGAAUAGCCCUCUGUCAGGGAUUUUUUCGCUGUGUUUCGUGCCUUGCAGGGGGGUUGGUCUAGAUGGCCCUUGGGGUCUCUUCCUGCUCUACAGCUAAUUCUAUGGUGCUUUAAAUAUACAGGGUGGGUGUGGCUGUGCUGAAGAAACAGUAGUGUAGCCACCACGGAGGAAAUGUUGAUUUGAAGCAAUUCCAAAUGAAAAGGCACAAAAUAUGAAUGACCACGAAGAGCCCACUGCCACGUCCCUCAGAAUCCUCCUCCAGAAUUUAGAAGGCAAACGUUGGGGGAGAUGGGUCUUUUCGCAAAACCAUUUAUCUUUGAGUAUUGUGGUCAGUAUUGGUAUUAUUAGUACAGUGGUACCUCGGGUUAAGUACUUAAUUCGCUCCGGAGAUCUGUCCUUAACCUGAAACUGUUCUUAACCUGAAGCACCACUUUAGCUAAUGGGGCCUCCCGCUGCUGCCGCGUGAUUUCUGUUCUCAUCCUGAGGUAAAAAUAGUACCCGGAGCACGAUUUCUGUUCUCAUCCUGAAGCAAAGUUCUUAACCUGAGGUACUAUUUCUGGGUUAGAAGAGUAUGUAACCUGAAGCAUAUGUUACCUGAAGCGUAUGUAACCCGAGGUACCACUGUAUUGGUUCAGGGCCCAAUGGCUUUUUCUCUCCUCCUCUUCCUCUGCAGAUUCCAAGUGUGUCGCAAGUACAAGGGAGAAAUUCAUGAGCAUGUUUGAAAGCCAAACUGACAAAGACUUGCAGCCAGAGAAGCAAAGCAGUAGGCACCCUCUUGCUUCCCCCAAUGUGCCCUCCCUGCUCCACUCCUCCCCGACCCACACUGUCCCCAAACCCAGACCCAUAUCUGGCUGCCUGCAUGUGUAAAGCGAAGCUGGCGUUGCUCUCACAAAGGACUCGAGCAUGAGAAUGGGAGGCCUUCAAAGAGGCAACGGCCAAUUAGUUCCGACCUGAUGGAGCCGACUCUCAUCCUGGGCGUCGCACACUUGCAACGACCCCCUCCCCAAAUUAAUUGGCACGAUGCCACACCCUGGUCUCUGGAGAGCAGACUCUGCCUUCCUUGAACGCUUUGUGAACUUUGAACAGCUCAGCGGAGACCUGUGAACAUGGGCGUCAAAGCAAGCGUAUCUGGGGAAAGGGUCUCUUCUGGCAGGGAGCACAUACCAUAUUUUUUGCUCCAUAUGACGCACUUUUUACUCCUAAAAAGUAGGGGAAAUGUCUGUGCGUCUUAUGGGGCAAAUGCGUGGUCCCUGGAGCCAAAUUGCCUAGGGGCAAAAAACAGAUUGUGGUGGGUUUUUUUAGAAAGAUGGAAGCGGGUGUUGAAACAAAGUUGCUGAGCAGCUGAUCGGCAAGCGAUUGGGCGGGAGAUAAGGCUGCGGGUAAAGGAGGCUGCCGGAGGAGUGGGGGGGGGAGUAAAGACAGCGAACUUGCAAGGAGAGGAGACAGGAAUACUAAAACAAGCAAUGAGGAGAGAAAUUAGAAAAAAAGGAGGAGCAAAAAACUGCUCCAGCUAAGGAAAAGACGCUAAGGCAAACAAGAGUGAAGGGGGUGUUGAAAGGAAGCCACUGAGUAGCUGAUCGGCAAGCGAUCAGGAGGGAGAUAAGGGACGCUAGCGAUAAAGUAGGCUGCCUGGGAGGGGGGAGGUAAAAGCACAUGGAUCCUCAGGAUUUUUGCAUUGGGUCACCGCAAAUUUACCAUCGGCUCACAUAGCAUGUCCAUGGCUACAGCCUGCACCAAAAAAACCCACACAUCCAUUGUUUCGUGGGGCCACAAUGGCGCAAAAUCGUGGUUACAAAGCACGGAUCCCCAUGGAUCCUCAGGAUUUUUGCAUUGGGCUAACCCAAACUCACUGUCAAAUCACAUAACAUGUCUGUGGCCACAGCAUGAGCCACAAAAAUCAUACAUCCACUCUUUCGUUCAGAAUAUUUUUUUUAUUGUUUUCCACCUCUAAAAACUAGGUGCGUCUUAUGGUCAGGUGUGUCUUACGGAGCGAAAAAUACGGUACUUUAGAGCAGGGUUGGCAAGGUCACACCAGGCCCAUCAAGCUUUCGGUGGCCCACCCACAACAGCUGGAGGCAGGAGGCCCCUGAAUCCCAGUUGCCAGGAAUCACCAACGGGGAGUGUUGUGCUCAGGACCAGAUUUUGGGCUUCCCAUAAGAAGCAUCUGGUUGGCCACUGUGAGAACAGGAUGCUGGCCUGAUCCAGCCAGGUCCUUCUGAGGGUUGUAUGCAUGACAGCGAGGGUGGGCUGUUGCCUUCAUGCCCCACCUGUGGGCUUCCUGGAGCCACCUGACUCCCCCAUGCUUUUCUCUCUUGGUUCCAGGCAAUUCCAACUUAGCCGAAGGGGAGCUGGCAAACGAAACCAAACCCAAAGGGCAGAAAGUUGUUCCCAAAGCAUCACCCCGAAUGAAUCACCCAGAGGAGAAGAAGCCAGAGGAGCCUCCCAACCUGGGUCCUUUUUAUUAUAUUGGAGGAGCAAACGGAAUCGAUAUGUAAGGACGCCUGCAGAAAGAAUUGCCCCUCCGUCAUGGGUGCUUCUUCCUGUGGCUCCCCAGAGUCUUGUAGUUCCUUAUUGACAGCAUUUCUAUGCUACCCUUUAGUCCUCAGGGCCUCUGCUCACAGUGUAAAACAGACACAGCACACAAGGAAAGAGGAAGAGGAGGGAGGAGGGAGAAGCAACCUCUUCAACUUAGUGAUUGAAGUCACAAGUGAUGUCAGUCCUGGCUGUCUCCCUAUUAUAUUCCUGGGGAAAAUAAUAAUAAUAAUAAUAAUAAUAAUAAUAAUAAUAAUAAUAAUAAUAAUAAUAAAUAAAUAAAUAAAAUUAUUAUUUAUACCCCACCCAUCUGGCUGAGUUUCCCCAGCCACUCUUUACUUUAAUACUUUAAUCAAGUAUUAAAAACAAUACAGCCUUAAAUAUUGAAAAACUUCCCUGAACAGGGCUGCCUUCAGAUGUCUUUUAAAGAUAGGAUACCUACUUAUUUCCUUCACAUCUGAAGGGAGGGUGUUCCACAGGAUGGGCGCCACUACCGAGAAGGCCCUCUGUCUGGUUCCCUGUAAACUCACUUCUCGCAAUGAGGGAACCGCCAGAAGGCCCUCAGCGCUGGAUCUCAGUGUCCGGGCUGAACGAUGGGGGUGGAGACGCUCCUUCAGGUAUACAGGACUGAGGCUGUUUAGGGCUUUAAAGGUCAGCACCAACACUUUGAAUUGUGCUCGGAAACGUACUGGGAGCCAAUGCAGAUCUCUCAGAACCAGUGUUAUGUGGUCCCGGCGGCCACUCCCAGUCACCAGUCUAGCUGCCGCAUUCUGGAUUAAUUGCAGUUUCCGGGUCACCUUCAAAGGUAGCCCCACGUAGAGCGCGUUGCAGUAGUCCAAGCGGGAGAUAACUAAGAGCAUGCACCACUCUGGUGAGACAGUCCGCGGGCAGGUAGAGUCUUAGCCUGCGUACCAGGUGGAGCUGGUAGACAGCUGCCCUGGACACAGAAUUAACCUGUGCCUCCAUGGACAGCUGUGAGUCCAAAAUGACUCCCAGGCUGCGCACCUGGUCCUUCGGGGGCACAGUUACCCCAUUCAGGACCAGGGAAUCCCCCAGGGAAUGGCUCUUCUGAUGUUCUUAUGAGUGAAGGAGGGCUGAUGCCUUCAUCCCCAGCUUCCUGCAGCCAUCAGAUGAUUGGCCCCUGUGAGAACAGCAGGCUGGACUAGAUGGGCCUUUGGCCUGAUCCAGUAGCCAGACUCUUCUGAGGGUGAAGGCAAGGGCUGCUGCCGUUCUUUAUUUUUAAAAAACCCAACAAGUUGCUGGACCUCAUUGUUUUCUCUCCUUCCUCUGAGCAGACUGAACGCCUUCUGCAAGAACAAAGGCUGGCAGCGUAUCUAUGACAACCGGAGGGAUGAUUACAUCCUGAAGUGGUGUGAGACUAAGUGCCGGGACACCUAUUUCAACUUCAGAGAAGGUAAGGAGGCCUGGGGGAGCCACCACCAAAAAGACCUUUUCCCUAGUGGUCUUAGGGCACGGGAGUGGAGAACCUGAGGCUCGGCAGAUGUUGCUGAACCUCCAUCAACCACAGCCAACAGGACGAGUGGUCAGGGAUGAUUUUCAAACCCAUUGAAAUCCAUGGACAUGACUAACUGAGGUCUAUUCAUAUCAGUGGGUCUACUGACUACCAUUAGCUACAGCCUGAUGGGUGCUGUUCUUCAGAGAAUCAUAGAGUUGGAAUGGAACCAUGAACACCAUAGAGUCUAACUCCCUACAAUGCAGAAAAGCUGAUGAGCAUUCCCAUUCAAAUGGUGUGUGUGCACCAUGUCAUGUGAUCGAUUAUGUGGGGCGGGGCUUACCUGGCCCCCACAAUACUUUAUUCUCAUUGGCACCCCUGCAGUCCAGCAGCAGCUGGAGUCGGCAGGCUCUCUGCACCCUUGUUGUUGGGCUUGGCCCAAAGGUUAUCAAUAAAGGACGUGUUGCGUGUGAGAGAGGUUGACCCAGCCUUCAUGCUCCACCCUGGCUCUCGCUAUUCCUCCCUUUGCAGGAGAGCAGCUUCUUUACCAGAUCUCUAACAACAAGAUCCUCACUACCAAGAUCGGCCUUUUGAUGAACUUGAGGGAGUAUGAACGGGUGAUGAAGAAGAUCAGCAGGACCACAAAGUGAGCCCUAAACUCUUAAGCACAGCCUCCCUGCGCCUUAUGUUGUUCAAGGGGGAAGGGUCUCGAGCUCAAGAGGGGCCAGACGUGGCCCUCUAGCCCUCUCUAAUCGGGCCCUCGGGAAGUUCCACAGGCCACGCCUUCCUCUCGCCAAACCACGCCCCUCGCUGGGCCUGCUUCACAAUCUCCUUGAGUGUUUUUGCCUGGCUGGAAUUUGUCCUCGAACCCACAUAAUGCUUCUUUCUCAGCUGGUUGGAGGCUAGAGAAGGGUGUUGGUAUGCAUGUGUAGCCUACCAUACAAAGAUAACAUUCACAUGGCUUGCCCCACUCAUUUUUCAUCUGACUCUGCCCACCACUGUAAUGCGGCCCCCAGAAUCUUGCCUAGAAAGGACUGUGGCCCUUGGGCAGAUGAGGGGCAUGUAGAGGGGGCAGCAGAGUGGCAUUUAUCAUUGGGCAUAAAAAGGAAGAUGACUUGAUUGGUAGUGGGGGUUCUUGGGGGGGGUGUUGUUCCUUUAACAGCUCCCUUUUGAUGCCAAAACUAUUCACUGGGGAGCAUAUGGUGCAGCUGUAGUGAAUUAUUAAGUGCAGCAAAAGCAAACAUCGCAACAUUAUGCAAAAGAAGGUGAAAAUAUGCAUAGAAUUUGCAAAAAUUACACAGGCUGCAAAAUCCUCUCUUGCUUCUUGGUAGCUAUAUUCCCAGUAAUGGGUGAUGUUUGCUUUAGGAGGCCAGGAGACGCCUCAGGGACAAAGUUUAGUAAAAAAAAAAUUGACUAUGGGCAGUAGGUAUAAUCUAAUUGCCUCUCCCACGCACCCUGCAAAAAACAUCCCCCAGCUGUAGCCAACUUUCCAGAACAGAAUGUAGUCUGUGCCGACAUUCAAAACCUCAAAUCCAGAUGUCAGCGUGUGACAGGGUUUCAAAUCUGGAGCUAUUUGGCUUUGUGGCAUCAUUGUGUUCGCUGAUUGGUUGGGAUCACAUCAUGAGGAAUCAUGUGACACAUAGCUGAGGGUAUGGAGGUUUAUGAACUGCCUUGGCUGAAGAGGAAAGUUGCCCAAUUUCCACACUGGGGGGGGGGCAUGUCAGCAGUGGGCCCCCCUAGAAAUAUGGACCUAGUGUUUUGACAGUGUUGGGGUAGGGUGUGUGGAAUAAACUGGAUUCAGUUUCCAUUUAAAAGCAAACCUAUUUAUAUUAUUUUUAUUAAUUAAAUUUAUAUACUGCCCUUCGUCCGAGGCUCACAGGCCAGUUUGCAGUAUAUCUAUUAAAAAUACAGAACGUAAUAAAAAGUAGAACACUUUCUGAAACAAUACGGAAACCGAAACACAGCAAUCCUUCAAAGUCUGCCCUGAAUUUUGCAGUGCAGCUCUCAACCCAAGCAAUGUGUGCAAAAGGUGCACAGACUAGGGUAAACCAUGCAUUUGAUUGCAGAUGCAGGUGGCGCUGUGGGUUAAACCACAGAGCCUAGGACUUGCCGAUCAGAAGGUCGGCGGUUCAAAUCCCCACAAUGGGGUGAGCUCCCAUUGCUCGGUCCCUGCUCCUGCCAACCUAGCAGUUCAAAAGCAUGUCAAAGUGCAAGUAGAUAAAUAGAUACCGCUCCAACGGGAAGGCAAACGGCGUUUCCGUGCACUGCUCUGCUUCGCCAGAAGUGGCUUAGUCAUGCUGGCCACAUGACCCGGAAGCUGUAUGCCGGCUCCCUCGGCCAAUAAAACAAGAUGUGCGCCGCAACUCCAGAGUCAGCCACAACUGGACCUAAUGGUCAGGGGUCCCUUUACCUUUUUAUUUCUGCCAAGACCAUACAAAAAAAAUGCAUUGUAUUAGGGGAAAUGGCUCUGUGGAAAUGUGUACGUCAGGCAGAAUUGCAUACAAACGAGGGCGUAUUAGGAGAAAUUCGCUGGUGGGUUUUCAAGAGGGCUUUCAAGGUAACUAAACAAAUGGCAAACAGGUGUGGAAAUAUGGAGAACUUAACUGAAUAUUGGUAAAAGGAGAAACCCAAACUGGGAGGUUGUUCGCCCAUCCUUAGUUGGAGAGGCGCAGAUCCCUUCACGAGGAGCAUGCAAGUUCCAACCGCUUCUUCUUAUCCUGGGCUUUUGCAGGGUUUUGAGAAUGGAGGACUUUUUCCCUGAGACUUUCCGCCUGGAUACCAAGGACGAGAGAGAGAUAUUCUUUGAAAUAUAUGAAGGUGAAUGUCAGGAGCUUCAGAGCUAAGUCACAUCCUCCCAAGCGGAAAUAAAUUCAUUUGACCAUUUUCCUAUCCUGCCAAACUCCUGCUUAGCUCAGGCACUGUCUCAUUUUCGAUCAGAAUUGGGCUGUGGUUGUAGAUUCCAGAUAAAGGAAACUAUUCCCAAUGGAGAUAGUUGGAAUUCCUUUCCUUUUAUUGCUGCGUUUAUCUCCCACCUUUUCUCCAGAGAGCUCAAGGUGGCAGACAUGGUUCUCCGCCUCCCCAUUAUAUUCCCACAGGUCCACAGGCCGAAUCAGAGCAGCCAGCCAGUAUUGCCUGCACUGACUGGCAGUAGCUCUCCAAGAGUUUCAGGAAGGGGACAUCCUCCAUCCUACCUGGAGAUGUCCUUGGGGAUUGAACCUGGGACCUUCUGCAUGUGAGACAGGUGCUCCACCACUGAGCUACAGCCCAGGAGGCCAUGAUGGGCCAGAUAGACCCAUCAGGCACCUGCCUGUGUGUCUCCUCUUCUCCACAGAGCCUCAGAUCUGGAUCUGCAAGCCCACCAGCUCGAACCAAGGCCGGGGGAUCUUCCUCCUCAAAAACCAAUCUGAGGUCAACAGCUUGCAAGCCAAGCUCCUCAGCAUCGAAGAAGAUCCUAUGUACAAGAAACUGCCUUACAAAAUUCCCCCGGCGAGGAUCGUUCAAAGGUAGAGAACGCAGUGAUGUGGAGGUUCUGCUAACCCACUGCCCCAAGUUUCCAGCUGGCUGGUGAAAGAUGUUGCUGGGUGGUCUUCGGGGAACUUAACCGGUGCGCUUGAGGUGAAGGAAGCCUGGGAUCUCGGGUGGGCUGGGAAAAUCUCCUUCUCGGGCCGUCAUCUUGCAGAAAUGCGAGCUCCUGGAAUGCAACCAGGACGGCAGGAACAGGCAGCUUUUUUCACCCCCGGCGUCCACAUCUCUUACUACGCUACCUUCCAGGGGCUACAGGCCAGUAGUGGGUGGAGCUGGUGGCAAAAGUGGGAGGAGCAACUGCUGCAAAUCUUAACCUUUGCACAGUGUGCUGCUUCCUGAACACAGGACACUCUUCUCAACCCUCCAUCCAGGAAAGCAAGUAAUGCUGUCGAGUUCCGUGACACAUCCCAGCCAUUCUGGAGGACGUGAAGCUUGGCUGGGGAGGGGUGUGGCCUGGUGACAGGGGGUGUGGCCUAAUGAGAAUCCCAAGAGCCAUUUGGCACCUCUUCUGGGCCUGAGCAUCCCUUUCCCCCCCAUUAUGGGCUGCAAAAGCCGGGGACUUGCAUCACACUCCCCAUUAAACACCCCGCAUACCAGGGGGGGAAAAUAGCAGUGUGUGGCCUCCUCGAGGCCUCCUGUUCUAGAUUCCAUUCUAGCAUCUAGAAUUCCUGUUCUAGAUUCCAUUCUAGCAUCUAGAAUUCCUGUUCUAGGUUCCAUUCCAUUUAUGGCUCCUCCAAACAUUCAAUCGGCAUUCCACAGCCACUGAGCUUACUCAGUCUUCACUGAGUUUUUUUGAGAUGUGUGUGUCAAAAAACCAUUAAGUUCCCCUCUCCCAAAUGCUUCUGUACUUGUGCAAAUUUCAGAGUCUGAACAGAAGGUGUUAACAAAGUGCCAUCCCGUUUUCUGCGAUUGCACGGGAUUCUGCAUUUUGCGUAAGAGCAACUGCGGAAAGUCUUAGCGGGUGGGUAAAGGUAAAGGGUAAAGGGGACCCCUGACGAUUAGGUCCAGUCGUGGCCGACUCUGGGGUUGCGGCACUCAUCUUGCUUUCUUGGCCGAGGGAGUUGGCGUACAGGGUCAUAUGGCCAGCAUGACUAAGCCACUUCUGGCGAACCAGAGCAGCGCACAGAAACUCCGUUUACCUUCCUGCCAGAGUGGUACCUAUUUAUCUACUUGCACUUGACAUGCUUUCGAACUGCUAGGUUGGCAGGAGCAGGGACCAAGCAACGGGAGCUCACCCCGUCGCGGGGAUUUGAACCGCCAACCUUCUGAUCGGCAAAUCCUACACUCAGUGGUUUAACCCACAGCGCCACCCGCGUCCCUUUUAGCGGGUGGGUACAUUGGGCCAACAGCAGGAUAUCCACUCCCUCCCUUAUUCCUUUUAUUUCUCCUGGCAUACAGAGCUUGAGCGUUCCCGGUCUAAGGACUUCCUGUCGUUUGUAUGAUCAGAGUCCUUUCCUCAGUCGGCCUAGUUUCAUUUCCGAUACCUUUCUCUUCUUAAAGUUUCGUGUCAUCGGCACAGACAGAUCAUUAGCAUUUUAACAGGUGGUGAAGAGAGAGAGAAAGAAAGAGAGACAGAUCAGAGAUUAUUUCUGUCUGGGCAUCUAAGGAGAGCUUCAAAGGGGGAAAUGCACGCCAAAGACUUUGCAUUGUGUGAGCUGAAUGAGUCUCUAAUGCUAUAUACCAAAGCUGUUAGAGAGCUGAGCAGCUGUACUCACCUGCCCCCACCCCUCCCCAUCUAACUGGCUUCCUACAGAAGUGGAAAUGCAAAAAUUCACACACACACACACAUACACACACACGGGUCGGAUUUAGGUUUGAUGAGGCCCUAAGCUACUAAAGGUAAUGGGGCCCUUUAUAUGUCCAGCUGUCUUUUGUCAACAACAAAUUGUCGCUGUUAUUUGUGUUGAAUAUAUAUGCUAUACAGUGGUACCUCGGGUUACAUACGCUUCAGGUUACAGACGCUUCAGGUUACAGACUCCGCUAACCCAGAAAUAGUGCUUCAGGUUAAGAACUUUGCUUCAGGAUGAGAACAGAAAUCAUGCUUUGGCGGUGUGGCGGCAGCAGGAGGCCCCAUUAGCUAAAGUGUUUCUUCAGGUUAAGCACAGUUUCAGGUUAAGAACGGACCUCCGGAACAAAUUAAGUACUUAACCCGAGGUACCACUGUAUGGUAAUUUAUGGACCUAAUAAGUAUCUAAAGCCAUUUGCACAUAACAACUUAUGUAUUUUAUCAAAGUAAAUGUUGAGCUGAAAUACAAUUAAGAAGAAGUAUAUUAAUAGUGAAAUACAAUUAAGAAUAAGUAUAUUAAUAGUGAAAUAAUUUUUAAGCUGUAGGUUUUAUUUUAUUUGCUUUUUAUCUUAUAUUUUGGAAAUGUACAUCCAGUUUUUUUUUCCCUUUAAUUUUUUUGGGGACCCCCAAGAGAGUGGGGCCCUAUGUUAUAGCUUGUUUAGCUUAUACGUAAAUCCGGCACCACACACACACACACACACACACACACAGUGCCUCAGGCUAGAAUAAUCAAGUCAAACAAACAUGAAAUCAGCUAAUGCCCGCUUUCAACAUCAGCUAAUGCCCACUUUCCUUGCAAGCAUGACAAUUGCACGGCUAGUUUAAUCAGUCCACUUACGACUAUCAAAAACAAUUCAAGCAGUAUUUGAAAAACAGAAGCAUUGUGUGCCAUGCACAGGGCUGCGAGGUCUAUUCCAUUUUCUCUAGUUAUUCUCUGCCAAUCUUACAAAUCUGGAAAGCCUUUAUUGGCUAUACAAGCAUAAAGGAUCAUAAUACCCACUUCCUGUCCUCAAUAUAUUCUAGAGCAGCGGUUCCCAAACUUUUUCAGGUCACCGCCCCCUUGGUUCCACAAACUCAACCCUCGUGCCCCCAACCCAACCUUUAUUAUUCAUUAUGCUGGUUCACACAAUCCAGGAAGGAAGAAUAAUAAUACAGUGGUACCUCUGGUUAUGGACUUAAUUCGUUCCGGAGGUCCGUUCUUAAUCUGAAACUGUUCUUAACCUGAGGUACCACUUUAGCUAAUAGGGAGACCCGCUGCCACUGCACCGCCAGCACGCAAUUUCUGUUCUCAUCCUGAGGUAAAGUUCUUAACCCGAGGUACUAUUUCUGGGUUAGCGGAGUCUGUAACCCAAAGUGUUUGUAACCCGAGGUGUUUGUAAUCUGAGUUGUUUGUAACCCGAGGUACCACUGUAAUGCAAUACAGUUUGAAACAGUAACCAUUAGCUGCACAUGCAUUCAAAAAUCCAAUUAGUUUAAUUAAUUCAACCAAACGGAUGAACUUUGAAACCCACCCCACCCCACCCCAGGUUAUCCCAACACCUCUUUUGGAAAUCUGUGUUUUAGACUAUGGACCUUUUGAGUUAUCUUUUCACCCCGAAACCCUGGAAGGAAGAAUUUUGCAUGGAAACCCCCCCCCAUAAAGAAACUGUAACAGAGGAAGGAAAUAUUAAGAUAAUGAGGGUGCAUAGUUAACGAGCUGUCUUGUGCCUGCUGUGUUAAUAAGUUACCCUUUCCAUGCGCUUUCUCUGAUUUAUUUUCAAAUUUAUAUUUAAAAUAAUAAAUAAAUAAAUAAGAUGUAAUAGAUUAGAACAUAAAAAAUAAAAUAAGCAGAUUGGCAUGAGCGAGACUUGAAGAGCCUCAGAAGGUCAGGUGCCACAGAGUUGCAUAUCCUUCCGGUUUCUCAGGUAUAUUGAUAAGCCACUGCUCUUAGAGGGGAAGAAGUUUGAUGUUCGCUCGUACCUCCUCAUCGCCUGCACAUGCCCCUUCAUGCUCUUCUUUGGCCACGGCUACGUCCGCCUCACAUGCCUCAACUACGACCCCAAGUCGGAAGACCUCACUUCUCAUCUGACCAAUCAGGUGAGGGGGGAGAGAGGGGGGGCGGGAUUUGAGCGGGAGGCAGGAUUCUGUGGACCAGGAAAUAGUUGGGCCUUCUCUCAAACGUGGAGCGUUGCAUUAAAACAGGCAUUGUACCCAAACAAUACGUGAAGCCAGGCAGUCUUUGAAAUUCGCACCUCUCUGAAUUUUGCGAUCUGGUUCAGAAAGUGUGGGGAAAGUGUGUAAGAAUGCGAUCUUAGAAUGUGGCAGCACGUAGCUAUUGGAACUCCCUGCCUGUUGAUACCACGCAGGCCCCUUCGCUGCCCUCCUUUUGGUGCCUUCUAAAAACCUUUAUUGUUUGGGCAUGCCUAUCCAGACGUUUAGAAAGUUGGUGCGAGUUUUAAUCUGCUUUUAGUCUACUGCAUUUUAACCUUUUAAAAGUCUGUUUGUUUCCUCUUCAUUUUCUUUUCUUUUCUUUUGCAAAACUGCUUUGAGGUGGUUGUUGCCCGUUUUGCAAAUCAGGUGCUGUGUGGGUUUUAUGAAAUAAACAAAUAAGGGCAUCUAUCGCUGAAAUUAACAUGCUUCCAAAUGCAGUAUAUUGAGGGAAAUUGCCUCCAAAAGAAAAUGAAUGGUAGGCAAAGUGACAUAUUAAAUUAGGGGGAAAUGUAGACUAAAAUGCUGGUGAGUUUCCAUGAGAACUUUCUUUUCUAAAAAAAAGAAGAAGAAGGUAUUUUCAAAUCAAUGCGGGAAGGUGAAGAACUGAUCUUCAGAUUGCAAAAAGCAGGAAAUUGAGGAAAACUGAAAUGGAAAGAUUCGCCCGUCUCUAAGCCUAGCCCUCAAAAACAUCAGGUGCUAAAUUUAAGUAGCUAGGCCAAGGUCAUCAAAAUAUAUGACAAUACCUGCGGCCUGCAAUACAUUGUUUGAAUCUGUCAGCCUCAAGCCAGCAUCACUUUUGCUCAGGGGUGAUAGGAGUUGGAGUUUGACAGGAGCAGGAUCUGUAAGACCUGCCUUUUAUUCCUACAGAGGUGCUUCUAGGUUUUAUUUGCUGUCCCUGUUGUGAUUGGUUUUGUGUUUGUAAGUCGCUUGGGGCCACUGGAGUGAGGAGGCAGCUGAUUAAUACUAAUUAUUACCAUUAUUAACAGCAGCAACAAUGUCCAGAGAGCCACAGGUUCCUCACAACCCGUGCCAUAAACGAUACCAACCCCCUUGACCAUCUAGAUUUCUAUGUGCAGGAAAGGCUUGGAAAUUCAUCCGUCUCCCUUCAAGGGCUCGGGUGAGAUGAGAGAGAUUUAAAUUUGGCGUUUUUGUAAGCCAUCCAGGUAACAUUUUGCAAACCGCUUUGAGGUGUUGAUUUGAGAGCAGGGCGUUUACGAUUAAGCGGCAUAUAGAUGUUUUGAAAUAAUUCAUAAAUAGUUUUCUGAGGCCUCUUGAGCAAGAGGCAUGAUCGGAGCAAGGCCUGAAAUGGGGCUUUUUGAUUAUAAGGCUCCCCCAUUUGUUAUCAAAUACGUCACACUCGCCCAAGAGGAGAAACACAGACAGGAAUUGAUUUCUCUUCUCGCUCCAAGGACGGGCACCAGAAAACAAGGGCCAUCCAUCCCUGGUAAACAGGGACAGCUGGAGCUUAUGUUAUCCCUGCCAGCCCAGCCCACUUGGUAUCGCCUUCCUGCAGCUUAAUGGCUUUGGCAAGAUGGGCGCCUUGUGUGUGGUUUUUUUGCCUUGAACAGAGCUGUUUGCUCAGCUUGGGAUUUGGAGCGCUGCGGUGCCAUGCUGGCUCCAGAGAGACCCUGCUGCCACAAAGGACAUGAAAUGAGGGCCAGGUGUUGUUAUUGAAAAGAGUACCUGCAAAUCUCAUCGGCGGGGGGUGGGGUGGGGAGGAGGCGAGGAAAUUCAUGGCAGAGCAGGUGGCGACGGCGGCACAGAAAUCUGCCUCUCCGCCCCCAAUUGUGUCCCACCUGAGUGGGUGGGAGCGAGGAGGGAAUGGUUUGAAUUUUCAUAUUUAAGAAGUGGGGAUCCGCCAGGUGGAUGGAAUCAAAGAGGAGAGACCUGGAGGCUCCCCCUGUUGCUGCCCCUUCGCUGAGAAAUGCGUAAACAGAAGGUCUGUGGAAGAUUCACCCCUUUGUUUUCUGGAAAACUGCCCGUUUGAUUGAAGUUCCUAGAUUUGUGUCCGCACGCCUUUUAUUUUAUGGACAAUAUUUGCAUGUACACCCAAUAACAAAAAAACUUCUCUGGGCAGCUUGAAACAAGAACAUCGUAAUAUAGUUGUAAACAGUAAAUCAUAAUGCAUCAUGGAGCAGUAUGAAUUUGCCCAGUCCUCUUUUAAAGCCGUCAUUACCUGUUUGGGGAAUUAAUUCCUCCACUUAGUUCUGGGCCACAUGAAGAAGAACUUUUGUCUGCCCUGAAUCUCCCAAUAUUCAGCUUCAUAGAAUUAUAGACUAGUUGGAAGGGACCUCAAGGGUCAUCCUGUCCAACCCCUAGCGAUGCAGGAAUCUCAACAUGCGGUUCCCCAUCCAAUUUGAAACCAGACCAGACCCUGCUUAGCUUUGCAAGUGUGCUAGCGGCUUUAAUGCUACACCAUUUGGAGGGCUACUGGAUGAACCCUUAGGGUUCUCAUAUUAUGCGGAAGGGAGAGAGAGAGAGAGAAAUUGCAGAAAAUUCUGCCCCUCUUUUUCAGCCAGCGUUAAAACAAAUUGAAUCCACACAAAAUCUGAGUGAAAUUAGGUGGAAUCUAAGGGAUUCAAAGCAUCAAACAUAUGUCAAAUGUUGAUCUCUCUCUCUCUCUCUCUUUUAAUGUGGUUUUAUUGUCUUUUGGCUCUGGGCUCCAUCCAAGGAGGAAGGAUGGGUUGUAAGAGCUGAAAUAAUCAAUCAAUACAAGCACCCUGCACCUGGUUAAACGGUGGGAUCCACUUCAUCAAGAAGUAGCGGCAGUCACCAACUUGAAUGGUUUUAAAGUGGGGGGGGGGGUAAGAGAAAUUCAUGGCGGGUUAGAUUCCUGGCCAUGACAGCUGUGUCCAAACUCCACUUCUGAAUGCAGUCUGAAUUCCAGUUCCUUGGAAACACAAGAUGGGAGAGUUUCUGUGCCGCUCAGGUCCUGCUUCCCAGCAUAGCUGUCAACGUUUCCCUUUUUUAAAGGGAUAUUCCCUUAUUCCGAAUAGGAUUCCUUGCAAGAAAAGGGAAAAGUUGACAGCUAUGCUUCCCAUUGGGGCAUCUGCUUGGCUAAUGUGAGGCUGGGCUAGAUGGGACUUUAGCCUGACCGCACCUUAGGUUCUUAUAAGCAAUCCUAGCGGCUCCCCCCCCGCUUGCUUUGCUUGCCCACCCUCCUGCUCCCCGUCCUACAAACCCGCUCCCCCUUGCUCCUUGCCCAGACCCUUGUCCUCGGGAGGGGAGGCACAGAUCCAGCGCUACAAUGCACGGCCCCUAACAAGGGCGCCUGUUUUCUCUGCCAACUCCCCGCAGUACGUUCAGAAGAAGAGUCCAAUGUACAGCCACGUCAAGGAGGAGACGGUGUGGCGCAUGGAGCGCUUCAACAACUACGUCAAUGAGAGGUUCAGGCACAUCAAAGGGCUCCCCAAGGACUGGGUCUUCAAUGGGUUCACUGUGAGUUUCCACACUUCCUUCUGCCCAUCCCACAGCUGCUGCAGCAACAUCUGCCACCAGUUCUCCAGGAUCAGGCUGUCACGCUGCUCCACUGUUUCUCCAUUAUUAUUUAUUGUAUUUGUAUCCCCUGGUUCCCCCUCCCUCUUAUUUAAUCCCUGCAACAGCCCUGUGAGGUAGGUUGGGCUGAGGCAAACUAAGGCCCAGGGGCCAGAUCCGGCCCAAUCGCCUUCUAAAUCCGGCCCGUGGAGGGUCCAGGAAUCAACAUGUUUUUACCUGAGUAGAAUGUGCCCUUUUAUUUAAAAUGCAUCUCUGGGUUAUUUGUGGGGCCUGCCUGGUGUUUAUACAUGAGUAGAAUGUGCCCUUUUAUUUAAAUGCACGGUUAUGCCUGGUGUUUAUACAUGAGUAGAAUGUGCCCUUUUAUUUAAAAUGCAUUUCUGGGUUAUUUGUGGGGCACAGGAAUUUGUUCAUUUUUAUUUAUUUUUUCAAAAUAUAGUCUGCCCCCCCCCACUAGGUCUGAUGGACAGUGAACUGGCCCCUCUCUGAAAAAGUUUGCUGACCCCUGCUCUAAACCAUUAUGCCCCCACUGGACCGCAUAAGCCAACGCCACCAGCUGACCGAAUUGGAGAACCUCGUGGAACUUGAUUGGUCCAGAUGCCCAUAUGACCGUACCUGCCAAUGGGCAGCUUGGGGAUGUUGAGAAAGUGCUCCUGGACACCAGCCACAAAAUGGCUGCCGUUGAGGGUUCAGUCUAACACAAAAUGGCUGCUGUCGGGGCGGGGCAUGACACAGAAUGGGUGCCACCUCUGAAAGAGUAGGGAAAGGUGGACGGGAAAGGGUGGGGCCGCUCUUGCUCAUGGAGAGAAGCUCUUUGAAUUGGGUAAAAAGCCAUUGAAAUGGAUUAGAUCCCACUGAGAGUUGGUGUGGUGUAGUGGUCUGGGUGUCGGACUAGGCCCUGGAAGACCAGGGUUCAAAUCCCUUCUCGGCCUAGGACCCAUGUAGCUACGGGACCGCCUCUCCUGGUAUGCCCCAUGGAGGACCUUGAGGUCCACAAAUGACAACACUUUGGAGGUCCCAGGUCGCAAGGUGGUUAGAUUGGUUGCAACUAGGGCCAGGGCCUUUUCAGUACUGGCCCCGACUUGGUGGAUCGCUCUGUCACAAGAGACUAGGGCCCUGUGGGACUUGACAUCUUUCCGCAGGGCCUGCAAGACAGAGCUGUUCCGCCUGGGCUUUGGUUUGGACUCAGUCUGACCCUUAUGUUUCCCUCUCCUUAUGGUUUUGAUCUAUGGGCUACUUUUAAAAUGAGGCUGCAUUUUAAAUUGCAUUUUAACCUGUAUUUUAAAUUGGGGUUUUUAUGAUUUUACUGUAAUUUUACUGGUGUUAGCCGCCCUGAGCCCGGCUCUGGCCUGGGAGGGCAGGGUAUAAAUAAAAUUUAUUAUAUUAUUAUUAUUAUUAUUAUUAUUAUUAUUAUUAUUAUUAUUGACCUUGGGCCAGUCACUGUCUCUCUCUGCCUACCUCACAGGGUCGUUGUGAGGAUAAAACAGGGUGGGGGAGGACUAUGUACGCCACCUUGAGUUCCUUCAGGGAAGAAGAAGUUGGGGGUGUAAAAAUAAAUAAAUAUAAACCAUGAGUGGGCAAGCGUCCAUGACUUCCAAUGGGUCUACUCCGAGUAGGGCUGAGCGGGGGACCACCUGAGGACUGGACAGAAGCGGAUCCUCUAAUCUGGAUCUUUUGUGGCUUUCCCUGACUCGCAAGAGGUCUUGUGGGGCAGGGGGAAUCUUUCCGGGAUCAUGCCGUCCUUCUGUGUCUUUCAGAAGAGAAUGAAAGAGAUCAUGCUGCAAUGUUUCCUGGCGGUCAAGUCCAAGCUGGAGUGCAAGAUGGGCUACUUUGAUCUCAUUGGCUGCGACUUCUUAAUCGACGAAGACUUCAAGGUACAGUCACGCGGCCGCCUCCUCGGAUCGAGAGGCACGAGUCUCCAGAGUCAGGGCUUGAGGAGGACAGCUGAGGGACUCCUCCGGUGGAUAAUGAACCCAUAGAUCUGGGAAUGGUGGCUGUAUAGGGUGAGCCUCCGGGUCUCUCUGCCUAGCCGCAUCCCCUCACCAGCCUUGCUUCACACCUCCCCUGAGAGUUUUGGCCUGGCUGGAAUGUGUCCUUGAACUCAUGCCUCUUUCUUUCCCGCAUGGAGGAUUGAGAGGGGUGUGUAGAAACCAGCCCACUGCGCAGAGGUAAAAUUUGAACUCGUCGCUUUGCACACUUUGUCCCUCUGGACCCACCCGCUGCUGGCCUCAGGACGUUAUAUGGCGUGGGUAUACUAGAAGUCGUGGACUUUCAGUGAAGCUGAAUGUUGGAAGAUUCCGGACGUACAUAGUGCAUAGUUGGACUACGGAACUCCCUGCCACAGGAGGCAGUGAUGGCCACCAACUUGGAUUGUUUUGAAAGGGGAUUAGGCAAAUUCAUGGAGCAAAGGCUACAGUGGUACCUCGGGUUAAGUACUUAAUUCGUUCCAGAGGUCCGUUCUUAACCUGAAACUGUUCUUAACCUGAAGCACUACUUUAGCUAAGGGGGCCUCCUGCUGCUGCCACGCCGCUGGAGCACGAUUUCUGUUCUCAUCCUGAAGCAAAGUUCUUAACCCGAGGUACUAUUUCUGGGUUAGCAGAGUCUUUAACCUGAAGCUUAUGUAACCUGAAGCGUAUGUAACCUGAGGUACCACUGUAUUUCUGAAAUCCAGGUAGCUCUAUAGGAUAAUAAGAAGAAGAAGAAGAAGAAGAAGAAGAAGAAGAAGAAGAAGAAGAAGAAGUUGUCGUCAAUGAACUUUUCUUAUAAUUGACCCACUGAAAUUAAGUACCACGAUACACUUUGAUUUCAGUGGGUCUACUCAGAGUAAAUGUUUGUUGACUACAACUCGUUGAUGAUUGAUCAUAAUAAUGGAUUUUAUCCCAUUUUCGUCACACUCAGACUAGACUCGUGGAAACUAAUGGGUAUGACUAACUUAGGUCCAUUCAUUUCAAUGGGCAUACUCUGAGUAGGGCUUGUUGCACACAACCCAAUGAUUAUUAAUAGAGAAAUAUAAGAAGAGAGAUUUGUGUUCUAUUUUAGCCCUACUCACAAUAGAUACAUUGAAAUUGAUGAACAUGAGAAACUUGGGUCUGUUACUUUCAGUCUACUCUGUGUAAGACCUAGGUGGAUAUAUGAUUUAUAUGUCAUGUAUUGCCCAAAUGUUUUCUAAGCAGUUUACAAAACACAAACACAAAAAAACAAUUGCACUGCAUUGUUCAAAAUACGGAAUAAUUUUAAAUAUAUAUAUCGUAGGCAAAACCCGCAGCAAAACUAUCCUAUUUAAACAUUAAAUGGCCAUGAUGAAAAUGUGCAAUAGAAGAUCCCUGUUAAAACAACACAGCAAUUAAAACUGGAUAUUCAGGCCAUGAGGUCAAAGGACAUCAUAAUCUUCAUUAUCUUCAACACCCAGUUAAAUAAAUUAUAGCCAGUUAUGAUUAAUUCAAACUACGUAUGCAUAAAACAAUUCUAUAUGAGUCAAAUGUUUUGUGGAUAUUUUUCGCACUUCCAAGAAAGCCACCGCUCUCCUGAAUCCACCUCUGCACUGCUUAUUUUUUUCACUGCUUGCAGAAAUAUAUGGCUGGCACUUUCCCCUUAAACUCUUAGCUUCCUUGAACUUGUUUAUAUAGCCUCUGUUGCAACAGGAAAGAUUUUUUGGGGGGAAGUUACGAGAGAAAAUAGAAAUGACUUUAGUGCCCCCUAGUGGCAGUCAUAAAACAUUUUCACUGGUCAAAUUGGAAAACGGAAACAAAUUGUGGGGAAACAGAACACAGAAUCAUUAAACUGUGGAGUUGGAAAGGACCCUGAGGAUCAUCUAGUCCAACCCCCUGCAGUGCAGGAAUAUGUAACUGGAUUGAACCUGCAACCUUGGCAUUAUCACCACCAUGUUCUAACCAAGUGAGCUAUCCAGGAUCAACAAAACAGGGAUCACACACAUGCCUUUAAAGCACAUCGCUUUCCUCAAAGAAUCCUAGAAAUGUUAGAUUGUUAAGGGUGCUGGGAAUUAUAGCUCAAUGAGGGGUAAACUACAGUUUCCAAGAUUUGUAGGGAGCCACGUGCUUUCUUUAAAAAACAACAACCCUGUGUUGUCGCACAAUAAUUCUCUUGCAGAGUCUUAGAUCCAGGAUUCAAAAGCAGGAUCCAGUGGAUCCUGAAGCUUUAAACUAGACGCACACCUCAGCCCUGAUUUGCAGCCUGGAUUUCAGGGCCAGAGCUGGAGAUCCAGCAAAGAAACAAAUGUGUUCCCCCCCUUUUUUCCCUUUUAAAUCAGGUCUGGCUCCUGGAGAUGAACGCCAACCCUGCCUUGCACACCAACUGCAGCGCCUUGAAAAGCAUCAUUCCCACGGUGGUGAACGAGACUCUGGGUAAGCAAAGCUGAGCAGCCAUGGAGGGGUUCAGGAGCACAGAAGCAAGCCUACUCCUCCAUGAACAGAGUUGACCAGGUGCCCAGGGCUCCCAUGGCUUCUAUAGCUGUGUAGGGGACCCAGCACCAGGCAUAGGCACUGUCAGGCAAUUACCCAAGCUCCCAGGAGGGCUUUGACUGCCGAUCAGCCCAUCCAAAGUACCAGCUUCCAGCUGGACCUGGCACUCUUUGUGAAGCUCUCCUUUGACCAGUGUUGGUGCCCGGGUGGCUGUAGACUGGCUCCUAGGGAGGAGCGGGUGGCACUGUGGUCUAAACCACUGAGCCUCUUGGGCUUGCCAAUCAGAAUAAUAAUAAUAAUAAUAAUAAUAAUAAUAAUAAUAAUAAUUUAUUAUUUAUACCCCACCCAUCUGGCUGGGCUUCCCCAGCCACUCUGGGCGGCUUCCAACAAAAUAUUAAAAUACAGUAAUGCAUCAAACAUUAAAAGCUUCCCUAAACAGGGCUGCCUUCAGUUGUCUUCCAAAAGUCUGGUGGUUGUUGUUCUCUUUGACAUCUGGUGGGAGGGCGUUCCACAGGGCGGGUGCCACUACCAAGAAGGCCCUCUACCUGGUUCCCUAUAACUUGGCUUCUCGCAGUGAGGGAACCGCCAGAAGGCCCUCGGCGCUGGACCUCAAUGUCCGGGUAGAACGAUGGGGGUGGAGACGCUCCUUCAGGUAUACUGGAAAGAAGAUCAACAGUUCAAAUCCCCACGACGGGGUGAGCUCCUGUUGCUCUGCCCCAGCUCCUGCCAACCUAGCAGUUCAAAAGCACACCAGUGCAAGUAGAUAAAUAAGUACCGCUGCGGUGGGAAGGUAAACGGCAUUUCCAUGCACUCUGGCUUCCAUCACGGUGUCCCAUUGCACCAGAAGCAGUUUAGUCAUGCUGGCCACAUGACCCAGAAAGCUGUCUGUGGACAGACGCCGGCUCCCUCGGCCUGAAAGCGAGAUGAGCGCCACAGCCCCAUAGUCGCCUCUGACCAGACUUAACUGUCCAGUGGUCCUUUACCUUUUUUUACCUAGACUGGCUCCUGUCCAGAGCCCCCAGAAGGGAAAGGAGGGGAGCCUGGAAGUUGAUCUUCAUUGGGGAGGUUCUGGGUGCAAACUGAGCAGACUCAGAUCUCCCUAACAAAGGAGACCAAAAACAUUGCAUCGCACAGUUCCUGAGAAGGGAUGGGUGGAUCUCUCCAAUUCAGUUUCUCUUAGUUCCUCAGGGUUGUAUCCAGUUAAGUUCCCACACUGAGUAGGCACAUGAAAAUUAAUUUAGCCUCAUGUUCAUAAACUUCAGUAGGAUCCACAGUUGAUUACAACCCUCUGCUUCCCACUCUGAGGUUCAGUUCUCCGCAUUUAUACACCAGGUUGUGGUUAUUGUGGAGUCCUUGUGGAAUUUCAUCAGCAUUUUGGGGUGCAUUCCUCAUAAAACACAUGUUUUUGUCUUCCAUUAUAUACACAUUUUUGCAAAGCAACUCUCCUUAGCAUAAUGAAUCUUUGUACGCCGUUUUCACUGCUGCAUGAUGCCCUACCUAGGAUAUACAGUCAUAGCUUGGUUCUCAAACGCCUUGGGACUCAAACAUUUUGGCUCCUGCAUACUGCAAACCCAGAAGUGAGUGUUGUGGUUUGCAAAUGUUUUUCAGAAGCCAAAUGUCCAACGCGGCUUCUACAGCUUUCGAUUGAGUGCAGGAAACUCCUGCAACCAAUUGGAAGCCGUGCCUUGGUUUUCAAACAUUUCGGAAGCCAAAUGGACUUCUGGAAUGGGUUAAGUUCAAGAACAAGGGUAUGACUAUACAUUUUUGCAAAUUUACUCAGUUGAAGAGCUUCAUAGCGAAAUUCAUAAUAAUAAUAAUAAUAAUAAUAAUAAUAAUAAUAAUUUAUUUAUACCCCACCCAUCUGGCUGGAUUUCCCCAGCCACUCUGGGCAGCUUCCAUCAGAAUAUUAAAAUACAAUUAUUCAUCCAGUAUUAAAAGCUUCCCUAAACAGAGCUGCCUUCAGAUGUCUUCUAAAGGUCCGAUAGUUGUUUAUUGCUUUGACAUCUGGUGGGAGGGCGUUCCACAGGGCAGGCGCCACUACCAAGAAGGCCCUCUGCGUGGUUCCCUGCAACUUCACUUCUCGCAGUGAGGGAACUGCCAGAAGGCCCUUGGCGCUGGAUCUCAGUGUCCAGUUUCUGAAAGAUAGCUAGCUUUGGGCUUUGCAUUUCAGAAACGAGAAUCAGGUAAGUUGCCCUUAAAGGCGGAAACUGCAUUGGGUCUCUCCCCACACCACCCCUAUUCCUGACACACACUCUCUCUAUCUCUAUCUCUAUCUCUAUCUCUAUCUCUAUCUCUAUCUCUAUCUCUAUCUCUAUCUCUCUAUCUCUACCUCUACCUCUACCUCUCUCUCUCUGUGGGCCUUUCCCAGAUCUGGCCAUCGAGAUUUUCACCAAGAGCCAGAGGAUCCAGAACAUACUGCCCUUGGAGUCGCUCUGCCACUUUGCCCUGCUGUACAGCGGGGUGGGCACAGACAGCAACCAGUCGCGGCCCACCAAGAGCAGGACGUCCCUCCGCUCUCUCAGGAGCCACCGGUCCCUCACCGAGAACAGCAGCUUCUGCAACAGCACCUACAACAUGAGCCCCGGGCGCCCAGCGGAGAAGCAGCCGGUCAAAUCUCCGGAGAAGCCAGCCAAGGGCGAGGCGCCACCCCACUCGGAAGGGGUCACCAUCGUGCCCAGCAGGGGGGUCCCCAGGAACACUUUGCCCAUGCCCCAGAUCCAGAUCUCCAUCGUGCCCAACCUCGCCUGCUGCCCGUCCGUCAAAACCAUCCUCCGGGGCAACCAAGUCUGCAGCAGCGGCAACCAGUAUAUCAUCAAGAAUGUCCCGCCGGUCUCGGACAGGCACCCGGAGGCCGAGGGCGACGACGAGAGGGCCAGAGCCGCUGGCCUUGCUGUUGCCGGAGCGCCCUCCAAGGACCGGUCCUACGCGGCUUGGUUCCAGCAAACGUUUGGGUCCAAGUUCCUGGUGGCCAGCGGGAACGGGGCAGGCAGCCCCUUGACCAGCUCGCAGAUGGUCUCCCUCCAUCUCCAGUCCAGCCUCCCGCCAAAUCUCCCGGCCUCCCAGGAGCAAGCCAAGCCGCUGCGCCAGCUCAUGAAUUACUCCAAGAUGCCCGGGGAGAGUGGCAAGGCCUUGGCAGCGGGCCAGAGCUGCGGCGAAUCCCUCCCUGAAGAGAAGAAGCUCUCUCACCGGGGCUCCUAAAAGCAAGAUCGCUUGUGUAUUUCCAAAGCCCUCCUUCUUUUUCCUAUAAAGGACGACGAGAGAAAAAAAACCCAAAGCAACCCCGGUCCUUGACUUCUUUCAGCAAUUCUGAAAAUGGAAUCUGUGGCAUCCCUUAUAGGAUGUCAAAAAUGAUUGGUGUUGGGUUUUUUGUUUUUCCUUACACAAGUUCUUCUUGAUAUGUUUUAAGGGAGAAGAAAAGGCUAAUAACAAGUAAACCCGACACAAAUCUGGAGCGGAGUCGCUAAGAUGGUUGCAGCCAAGCUGGUGCCAAAUAUUUUGCUCUGCUUUCCUUGGACUGCAUCAGCGAGGCUGGGAGGGAGGAUCUUGUUGUCUGGGCAGCCCAGGACCAAACUGCCCAGGCUUGCACCCUAGGGAGGUCAUUUCAGUGCUGCUAAGGCAGAGGUUUGACUUCACCUCUGGAGGUGCACUCCAUUAUCUCUCGAGACAACAAGAAGAAAAGAAAACAUGGUGUAAAAAAACAUGCAUCUGCCCAUAGUCAAGACCCAGAUUAAUUCUGGGAUUUUGCUUGACUCCUGUGCCUUCCCUUUGAGAUUGAUAUUCAGGGGUGGGGUGGUCAGUAGCAUGAUGGAAACUGAUAUCCUUGCUCUCUUUCCUUCUCUGUGUGAUGUGGGACAUGCAAUAACGCCCUGCUUGAUCAUUCGUUGAGCAGAGCACAGAAUCGCAGAAUCAUCGAAUUGUAGAGUUGGAAGGGACCUUGAGAGUCAUCUAGUUCAACUCCCUGCAAUGCCAGAAUUUUUGCACAACAUGGGGCUCAAACCCACAACCCUGAGAUUAAGAGUCUCAUGUUCUAUACCAACUGAACUAGCAGAUGAGCAAUGUUGUUGCAUGCCACCCCAAUCUCUGAACAAUGCCAGAUUCCAGGGCUACCAGGUGCCCUUACCAAGGUCUGUGUUUCCUUUCGGACAAUGAGGCACAGCAGGGACUGUGGUGUCUUUAUGAUACAUCAUUUAUUGACACAAAUAUACAACCUUGAGCCUAGGGUGGGUGGAAAGCUUUGCAUUCCAGGAGGGUCCAGCCAACGUUGGAUUCAGACUGCCAGCCCACGUUGUGCUUGCAAACUGCUUCCUAAGACGCCAAUAUUUUUCCUCUUGCUUACAUCAGCCCCUGGCAAUUCUGAAACUCCCCCCUCCCAACUCUGCAUUGUCUUAUGCUAACUACCCAGAGUGAUGGCUACCAACCUAGACAGCUUUAAAGAGAAUGAUACAAAAUUCAUAGAGAAAGGUAUCAGAUGACUAUGCUCUGCUUCCAGAUGUAGAGUACAGUGUAGAACUUUUUCUUUGCAUGCAGGAAUUCCCAAAUCCCAGCUCCAGCAGCAUAGCAUGGGGGGGACAGAGGGGUAGUGGCCUGGGGCAAAAAUUCUGAGAGGGGCACAACCAGGCACCCCCACAACAGGCUCUCCUAUUGAGGGCAUGUGGCUGAACUCCCAACGCCUUCCAGAGCCACGGGGAGGCAAGUCGCGUCUGGGCCAGGCUUUCGGGCCUGGGGUGGUGCCACCUUCUCCUUAUGGCCCUUAAAGGGAUGCCUACAUGCCGAGCCGGGAGGCAGCAGAGCCGCCAAGCCGAGAAGGUGCACAGCCAACUACCACCAGCAGCGGCAGCCAUGUGUCUUGCACUCAGCACACACACACACCCCUGAUGCAUGCUUCCACCCAACUGCCAAGUCCACCCAAUUGCCCUGCCCUGGCCCCAGCAACCCACACUAUGCCACUGCCCUGGCAAUUGCAGGCAAAAGGAAAUCAUGCUUUCACCCAGCUGCCCAGUCCACCCAAUUGCCCUGCCUCGGCCCCAGCAACCCACGCUAUGCCACUGCCCUGGCAACUGCAGUCAAAAGGGAAUCAGGUCACUGUUGAUGGGAGGGUCCCUUCUCUGUCUUACACUCUGUAGAGCUGCUGCCAAUCAAUACAUCCUCUACACUGACAGCGCCUCUCCAGGCCUUCAGGCAGGGAUGUCUCCCAAUUCUCCCUGCAGAUGCUUAUGAUUGAACCCAGGACCUUCUGCAUGCAAAGUUGAUGCUCUGCCACCGUGCUACAUCCCUUCACAUAAGGCUGCCUUAUACAAGUUAGACCGCUGGCAUUUCUAAUUCAACAUUGUGUAAGCUGAUGGGUAGAGGCUCUCCAGUGUUUCAGGCAGGGGACAUUCCCAGCCCUACUUGGAAAUGCCAGGGAUCGAACCUGGGACCUUCUUCACAUAGAGUAGAUGCCCCACCACUGAGCUGCAGCCAGUGACGCACACUGCCUGGCCAGCUGCCCCUACUGAGCCUCUGGGUAAGCCAGCAGGCCAGUUUGUGACCUCUCACCAUGAAAUCCUCUCUUUAACAAAACGCCAAUAGAAACGUAUGAUCUUUACUCAGGUUGUGCCCAAACUGUUAACUCCACCGUUCAUAGGAGCGCAGGAAGCUGCUUAUCCCAAGCCAUACCAUUAGUCCAUCUAGCUCAGUAUUGUCUGCACUGACUGGUAGGAACUUUCCAGGGUUUUGGACAGGGUGAUUCCCGUCCCUGCCUGGAGAUGCUGGGGACUGAACCAGAUGCCUUUUGCAUGCAUGCACCGGACUGUAGCCUCUCCUUCCUCACCCUAUUGCUUUUCUCCCCCCUUGUGGAAAUGCCCUCCCCCCCACGUUUGCGAGAUUAACGCAGCUUCAGAAUCUGAGCGGGGUUAAAAGAAGUUAUCUGAGAGUGUGCAAGCGCAAAGCACACCCCCAGCUUCCAGCCGGAUAACAAAACCAUCCUUUCUUCAGACUGGUCCUGAAAUUCAAGUGGGGAAAACACCUGAAGCCGUGAGUCACGGCGAACGGUUGAAAACAUUUUAAAGAGGCACGCACUCCGUUGCAGGGCGUUUCAGAGAAAGGGAAAGUGUCCAUGAGGUCACCCGCUAUCGCAGUCGCGAAUUUCCACAGUCUCUUUACCAGCAGCGGAAAGAAAGAAACGAGUGAAGCUGAAGCUUUCUUGUUUUAACGGAGAAUUGUCAGUUUCACAAAGGAAGCGCAGCUCAAGGCUCUGGGGUUGCCCCCCCUUCCUUUUCUAAAAAUUAAAAAAAGAAAAGGCGAUUCUCGUUAAGAGAUGGGGGUGGCGUCGCUGCUUUUGCAUGAAAGCAAACUUUCUUCCUUUGCGUCAGAAUUGCACCCUUUGAAACAGUGGAAGAAGCAGCGGAGUAAAAGAAAGAAAAAACCGCCUUCAGGUUUCCCAAAGCAGGUUUCUCGAAACAAGGAAAGCUCACGACAACGGCCUCCAGAACAGAGAGUGAGGAGGGACGUCAUUAUGGGGGUGGUGAGAUAAGCAGAAAAGCCUCCAGGCAGUCUGCAGUUGGAGAUACACAUUUUGCCAGAGGGUGGGAAACCGCUCAGGGGAAUCCUGUAAGAUUGCCAUUUUGCAGUUUCUAAGCUGAGUCUUGCUUACCAAUCAGGGAGAGGCUCUUGGAGCAGGUGUCUCCAAGCCAGGGGCCUCCAAAUGAUUUAGAAUACACCUUGCAUCACCCAAUGGUCAGGGACAAUGGGAGACGUUGCCCACAACAUCAGGAGGGUGCCAACCAAGGGAAGGCUGUCCUAGGCAGGAAGGGCAUGUCAUUCUCUCUGAGUACCGCAGAUCCUAUGCCUGUGCCCAGGACAUGUCUUGCCACCCCCACCAAUAUACGUAGACAGGGUUGCUAACUGGCCGGUCAAUUGCUGAUCUGACCAGUGAAAUGGCAUUCUGGGUUGAGGUAAUCCUGCUCAGAGUAGAUCCCUUGAAGUAAAUGGGCAAGGCUGGCUCAGGUCCAUUCAGUUCAGUUAGCCUGCUCCCAGUGAAAUGUAGUUGGAGAAGACUCUCCUCUCUCAGAGAACCAGGAAGGAAGUCUGGGAAGUCAGAUUCUGCAAGGCUCCGCCCACAACCCUCCCAAUCACAUUCUGGCUCCACCUCCAAUGUACGCCAGACUCCGCCCUGCCCUCUGGCCCCGCCUUCCCUGGCUCCAUACCCAUGGAGUAGUCAUAGGACCAGUGUUUUUGUAAAAAAAAAUCGGACGUCAGCAGCCCUACCCACGAGGACGUCUGCUGCAUUCUCCAGCUUCCAAACCCUGCCUAGGAAAGCAAGGUGGAUGGCUUGUUCCAGCAGUUGCAACUGGGGAUGGGUGAAUAGGGAAAGCAGGGUUGGAAUUUCCAUCUCCUGGAGAUCCUUCCUCGUAACCUGAUUUCCCUAGCCAGCAAGGAAAGCUUUCAUAGUCACAGGGUGUAGAGCAGGUGAGCUGAUCUAGAGACAGCUAGUAGCAGUGAAGGAGCCAACCUAGAGAGAAACAGCUUAGGCGCCCAAAGCCCCAUCAUGCUACAACAAAGAUAAUAGCUGCCGUUCAUAUAGUUCAGCCGCCUAGAUAUUGUGGGGCGAGUUUUGCAUGUGCUUGUGGAUUCGCCCCAAGUUCUUUCAAUGGGCCAAAGAGAUCUGUGAGGCCUUCCAUUUGUCCAUGUUCUCCCCAUGCUCUUCCUCUGGGAACUGGCAACUGCAGGUGUCUUCAUGAUGAGAUCCUAGGAAGUUUGAAGGGUGGACGGAUUCAGGCUCUGCAGGACAAAGGUACCAAUGGUAAGACAAGGAGGAGGGAUUUCUGAGGACCACGUUCCUUCCUGGGAAAUGUGGCAUGCCCCAGAGGUGGGCGGGGCCAAAGGCCAAAGUGGGUGGAGCAAUGAAUGCAAAUUUUACUGUCGUGCGGUAGGUGGAGUACCCUCCAACCAGGCAAGCAAGGGUUAAUGGGCACAAAAAAUGAGGACAUGCAAUAAUUAAACCUGUGGUUGGGAGGGGUGUGGAGGGAGGAGGUGGUGCUGGGUUCAAUCCUGCUGGGUGCUGCUUUGAUAAUAAUAAUAAUAAUAAUAAUAAUAAUAAUAAUAAUAAAAUUUAUUUAUAUCCCGCCCUCCCCAGCCGAAGCCGGGCUCAGAGUGGCUAACAACAGUAAAAUGAUAAAACAUUAUAAAAUCAUCUCAUUAUAAAAUUAUUUCAAAUCAUAUUAAUGGCAACCAUUGAGCUAGAGUUCUGUGAGGAUUGCCAAAGGAGGGAGUCAGGCUGUCCCCUGGCCAAAGCAGACCCUGCAGAGACUGCCUGCCUCUUCUGUUUCUCCCCUGCCUCAUAACCAGCCCACCUUCUGUCAGGGCCAGAUCGCUCUGGGUGGGACAACCCAACCUGAGUUGACUGGGGCUGUCUCUCCGCUCAAUGCAGGGUGAUUUGGCUCUGGAUCCAGGCUUGGGUCAGAUCUAGAGCACAACCCUACUGGAAGUUGACGUAGUCCAGGUGUCAUGGACAAGUUGGAUGCAGAGGAAUGGUGGUGGUGGGGAGCAAGCUGGGGACCCACUAAGGGAAGAAGGCUCAGAGACCAGGGACUGGUGGUGGGGUGACAAUGGGUGGUCAGAGGGAGAAGAUUAGGAGGAGAAGGAGGUGUUGGAAGAGGUAACAGGGUUUAGUGAACUAGGAAAGUCGGUUGCAGAGAGAAGUCCAGAAUCGGAGGCAGAAGCUGAAACAGGAAGAGGGGGUAGAUAGGCCAAGAGGCAGAGAUGAGUCAGGCUGGUGAAGAAUUGCAGGUCUCCCCCUUCUGUUGUGACAAGCACCCCUCCCUGCUUGCCUCCCAGAACCAGAAGAGGGCUGAAAUGGGUGGAGGAGCAGCAGGCUGCAAGCAGGCGCAGUCUCUGAUUACUUGGGGGAAAGGCCUAGAAAGGAGGGGACUUAGCUGUCGGGAGGUGGGGGCUUUCGGUCACAGCAACUGAUUCAUGGGGUAAGACCUCCCAGGGAUGAGCUGCUGUGCUCAUUAGUCCUGACACUCAGCCAAGUCUGUGAGGAUCGUCUUUUUGCUAAUAAAGGAAUUAGCGCCAACUUUGAGCACUGCUGGCUCGCGCUUUGACACCAGGCUUUCGACUGAUACCACCAUGGCUAGGUUAGGAGGAAACUCUGGGUGGGCACCGGAAGGGGGUCAAAAAGCUACACUGACCUUCCACCAGGAGCAGUUUCUUCUUCUGUGUCCAUACGCAGAUGAUUAAAAAGAACGUCAACAGGAUGAGAAGAGAGAGGCCCGUUGCUGUCACAAUGGUCAAGAUAGUCGUCACUGUGGAAUCUAAAGAAUUAAUGUGCAUAGAUUUAUGUAUUUAUAAGAGCAUUAUUUUACCACCAUAUCAUAAAACACCCAGGGAGUACUCAAACAUAAAACACCAUUCAAAUAAAUAAAUAAAAACACAUUAAAGUGACUGGAUGCUAAAUAAUAAUAAUAAUCUGCUGCAUAGACCUGUCAACGGAACUUUGGUUGAGCUCCAACUCCCUAGAUGGGCUUCAAGGGCGCCAUCUAGGCUGCAGUACCAGCCAUCUGAGCAUUCUGUCAGCUGACCUCCCAAGGGCCAAUCCCAGCACACCAGGCCCUAUAUAAGCUCAGAACCUGACCGCUUGUUCCUCAUUCCUUGCAUGAGGACACUGCAUAACUCCCUCCUCUCUGCAGCAGGCUUUAAAAACAAGCACUAGAUUUUCGAAACAAGGAAGCUGAAGAAAACACUCCUCCGUAUAAUUCAUUCUCAUAUAUUUAAUCCAUUUCGUCUGAUUUAAUUGGAGUUUAAUUGGGUUGAGAGUUUAAUUUAUAGAAUUUGGAAUUACUUUAAUCUUACAUAGCAUUUUAAGAGGAUAAUUUAUCUGUAAUUAAUCUGUGUUCAUAAUUUAUAUUUUCUAACCCUCCAUUUUAUUGAUAUUUUCAUUGGUUUUUUCUCAUAUUAAUCUAUAUCAUUAUUUUCUUUCUUGAGCAUCUAUAGAUUUAAAUCUUCUUAUAAAAGAUGAGAAAAAAUAUUUGUUUAAAGGUAUCUCCCCCUUUUCUUCUUCUUAAAAGUUAGGUAUUAUUUUAUAUACUCUUCUUUACUCAGUUAUUAAUGGGCUCAUAAGAUUGUAACAGAUGAAUUAAUGAUAUCUGUUUCUAGGACAUUCUUUAUUUAACAAUAUCUUUUUUCUCCCCCUUCGUUUUCAGGUUUUUUGAUCAGAUAGGCACUAACAUAAAGCAGUGAUGACAGCCUUUACCAAAGGUGUCAUGGGCUUUGAAGACACUCGAACUCAGGACGCAAGGGAGAAAUGUGCUAAGAGGAAGGCACGCUUGGCAAAUCCACACCGUGAUAAGCUCCCACCCAGAAACCAAUGUCCCCACUGUGGAAGGAUGUGUGGAUCCAGAAUUGGCCUCCACAGUCACUUACGGACUCACUGUUAAAACCGUGUUUAUGGAAGACAAUCUUACUCGGCUACGAGUGAUCGCCAAAGAAGAAGACCUGUUAUACAUUGUGAUAUUGAAGCGUAUUUAUGAACCUAAAUAUAUAAAACAAAAACAAAACAAAA